AUGAAAGAUACGAAAGAAAGGACAAUGUCUGGUAGCAGCACCAUGCUAAGUAAUGACUACACGGCUGCUUUCAGUUCUAUAAAUGAAAGACCGGUAGAUGAUAUUUCCUUAGAAUUUUUUUACAAACCACAUACGAUUACUUUGCUGGCAGUAUCUAUUGCUUCAGUAAUAUACACAGCGUUUGUAAGAGAUGAAUCCAGCAUUCAAGACAAUAUAUGGUCAGGAAUAUGCUGUGUAGUUUUCUUUUUCCUCAUAGUAUCUGUUCUAACAUUCCCUAAUGGACCAUUCACACGACCACAUCCAGCCGUCUGGAGAAUUGUAUUUGGCACAUCAGUUCUAUACUUACUGGCACUGUUGUUUCUAUUGUUUCAAAGUUAUUCUACUGUUUAUGAAAUAAUGUAUUGGAUUGAUCCAAAUUUGCGCAACUUUCAUAUUGAUAUGGACAAGGAGUAUGCAGUCAAUUGCUCGGAUAUAAGUUUGACAAAAAUCUGGUCUCAUGUUGAUGUGUUUGCCUGGGGACACUUUUUGGGAUGGCUGUUUAAAGCUAUACUAUUUAGACAUGCAGGAUUAUUGUGGGCUAUUUCUAUAAUGUGGGAAAUUACUGAAAUAGCAUUUGCACAUUUGCUUCCAAAUUUCUUAGAAUGCUGGUGGGAUUCUGUUAUAUUGGAUGUUUUAGUUUGUAAUGGUCUAGGAAUAUGGUGUGGACUCAAAAUAUGUAAAGCCUUAGAAAUGAGAGAAUACAAAUGGGUCAGUAUAAGGGAUAUAUCAUCGACUACUGGUAAAAUAAAGCGUGCAAUACUGCAAUUCACACCUGUGCAAUGGACACCAGUCCGGUGGUUAGACCCUACAAGCACUUAUAUGCGAUUCUGUGCAUUGAGUCAGUUGGUUGUGUUUUGGCAAAUUUCUGAGUUAAAUACAUUUUUCCUGAAACACAUAUUUGAGAUGCCACCCUCGCAUCCUCUAGUCAUCGCUCGACUUUGUCUUAUAGGAGUAAUUGUAGCUCCAUCUGUAAGGCAAUAUUACACAUAUGUUACUGAUCCCAAUUGCAAGCGUGUUGGUACCCAGUGUUGGGUAUACGGAGCCAUUAUGGUGACUGAAUCUAUGCUGUGCAUUAAGAAUGGCAAAGAACUUUUUGGUCAAGCUCAAGUGUGCAAUGUGAUUGUAUGGCUAGUCAUUCAAAUUUUAGUAUCAAUUGGCUGUGUGUAUGGUGUAGUGCUGUAUCAUAGAUAUUUUGAGCCAAAUAGCGACUCAAAUGCAGAAAGUCCAAAAAAAGUUGACUAA